AAAGUUGAACUCUUCCUGCUUUUUACCUGUAGUAAAAAGUAGGAUAUGCAUACACAUCCUUGCGAAGUAUUCCGUAUUAUCAAUAGAGGCCAUGGAUGCAGCUGAGGGGAAGAGUUUGCUAAAAAACUAAUCUGUUUAGAAGCGCAGUGUAAAAUACAGGCAAGGAAGUGAGGCGGGCACUUGAAACUUAAACGAUUGUGGUGUUUUGGAAGUUCCAGUCACUCCCUAAAUCGCCUGUUAACAAUGGGAUGCUGUGGCAGUUCAGAGCAAAAGCAGCGCGAGUGGAAACCAUUGGAGGAUCGAAGCUGCACGGAUAUUCCAUGGCUCAUCAUAUUCACAUUGUUCUGUAUCGGAAUGGCCUGUAUCGCUGGUUUCUCCAUUUCCACGGGAGCUGCAUCCAGGCUCAUCUCUGGCUACGACAGCUACGGUAACACCUGCGGUCAGAAGAAUGGCAAGAUCGAGGGGGUCGAGCUCAGUGGCCGGGAUCAGACUAACAACAAGUAUGUCUUCUUCCUGGACCCCUGCAACAUUGACAUCCUGAACAGGAAGAUCAAGUCCAUGGCCCUCUGUGUGUCCAGGUGUCCAGACAUAGAGCUCAAGACGUACACUGACGUCAAAAAGUUUGCGCUGCAAAAUGGGUCGGAGCUCUGCUCGUACGACAUCCCAGUCUCCAAGUAUCCAAGCCACGGAGAGAGAUCCAAAAAGUGCCCCAAACUCCCCGUGCCACCAAGGUACAGUCUUUUUUUACCAGUGUCAAGUCACACUAGCGAGACUAUGCUGCUGAUACCAUUUCCCUAUCCUCUCCCCUUGUGCAGUAAUUCUCUCCCGGUGUUCCACCGCUGCACUCCUGUGGACAUCUCCUGCUAUGCCCAGUUCGCUGAGGCCUUCGUCACCUUCGUCAGUGACAACAGCAUGCUGCACAGGGUCAUCGCCGGGGUGAUGGCGAGCAAGGAGAUCAUCAUGGGCCUAUGCGUGCUGGCUCUAGUCCUCUCCAUAAUCCUGAUGGUGGUGAUUCGCUACAUCUCUGUCGUGCUGGUCUGGAUACUCACCGCCCUCGUGGUUCUGGGCUCUAUAGGUGGGACCGGGGUUCUGUGGUGGCUCUACGUGGACCACAGGACAAAUCUGACCGACCAGACUGGUACCUCCCCAACACCCCAACAGCAGGUGGCCACAGACAACGUCCAAGCUCUGCUGGUCUACGCCAUCUUUGCCACUGUCUUCACGGUGAUCCUGCUGCUGCUGCUGUUCUUCAUGAGGAAGCGCGUGGCACUAACCAUCACCCUGUUCCACGUGGCGGGAAAGGUGUUCACUCACCUGCCUCUGCUGGCCCUGCAGCCCUUCUGGACCUUCCUCAGCCUCAUGCUCUUCUGGGUGUCCUGGCUCGGAGUGCUCCUUUUCCUCGGAACCGCAGGUAGCCCAGUGCAGAGUGAAGAGGCAGGGCUGGUGGAGUAUCGUAUUUCAGGCCCACUCCAGUACAUGGUGUGGUACCACGCUGUGGGCCUCAUCUGGAUCAGUCAGUUCAUCCUGGCCUGCCAGCAGAUGACCGUGGCCGGAGCUGUGGUCACCUACUACUUCACAAGGAAUAAAUCUGAACUGCCCAUGACCCCCAUCGUGUCAUCUAUGCUGUGUCUGACCCGCUACCACCUGGGCACCGUGGCCAAAGGCUCCUUCAUCAUCACCUUGGUGGAGAUCCCUCGCCUCAUCCUCACCUACAUCCACAACCAGCUCAAAGGAAAAGAAAAUGCCUGUGCUCGCUGCAUGUUGAAAUCCUGCAUCUGCUGCUUGUGGUGCCUGAAGAAGUGUCUAAUGUACCUGAAUCAAAACGCGUACACGGCGACAGCGAUCAACAGCACCAGUUUCUGUACGUCGGCGCGUGACGCCUUCGUCAUCCUGGUAGAGAAUGUCCUCAGAGUGGCCACCAUCAAUACCGUGGGGGACUUUGUCCUCUUCCUGGGAAAGGUACUGAUCGUCUCCUGCACGGCGUUCGUCGGCGUAUUGUCGCUUAACUACCAGCGGGACUACACGGUGUGGGUGCUGCCCCUGCUCAUCGUCUGCCUGUUCUCCUGGCUGGUGGCCCACUGCUUCCUGUCUGUCUUUGAGAUCGUGGUGGACGUGCUCUUCCUCUGCUUCGCCGUGGACACCAAGCACAACGACGGCAGCCCCGGCCGGGAGUUCUACAUGGACAAGGCCCUCAUGGAGUUUGUUGAGAACAGUAAGAAUAUGGCGGGAAGGGAUCAGCCCGAGGCAGAUGGAGACGGUCGUGAGAUGAAGCCUAUGACUCAUGCAGGAGGGACUUUUGCUUGACCAAACCAGAAGACGGAAACCAAAAGGCAUUCCUAACGUUUCCAUGAUAUCACUCCAGUCCCACGACUACAAUAUUUCUGAUAACCUGUUUGUUAAUUUAUGGCACAUUUUACAUGAAAGCUUUGGUUGUUGUUUUUUUAAGCGCAAUAUCUUUUUGUAACACAUCCAUCAAGAAUAUUGUUAAUGUAGUUUUUGUGCUAUUGUACAGGCUGUAGAGUUGGUGUUUUGUAGUUUAGCUUCUUGUGUGUGGAAGUGUUGUGUGAGAUUCAAAUGCAUCAUGUCAUCACUGUUAUUUUUUUUAACUGCUAAUAUUGUACACCACAAGUGUUUUUGUAUAUCAAUGUCUUUUUAGGUUGUGGUAAUGAGGAUCAUGGUCUCUUCUAAUGCUGCAUUGGUACAUCUAAUACAAUUGUGAUGACUAACUUGCAUAACAGAUGAUCAACAGGCACUUUUCUCAGUGGGAAAACUCCACCCCUCAAUGUAUUUUGACCCUGUUGAAAGAUUUCCUUUAUGGAAUAGAAUAAAUUUAAAUUUAGCCAGCUUCCAAUGUUUACCAUAAGUGAAAAUCCCUAUGUUGUGGUAAUAUUGAGUCAUUGCUCCUGAUUGCGUUUGUAAUACUGUAUCCGUUGAAAAAGGGAUUCCCUAUAACUGUAUCUCUAUUCAUGAAUGCGAACAGAGUUUUAACCCAGAAUGUUCUGGAUAACGUUUUUAUGCAGAGAAAUAAAACAACAAAGAUAAAAAAUGUC